AUGACCCGUCUUCGACUCCGGUUACACGCACUCUCCACUUCAGUUCCCUUUCGAUAUUUCCGCAACUCCUCCUUCAUCCCAAAACGAAAACGCAGCAUAACCUACCUCCUCCUCCUUCUCCUCAUCUCUUUCCUCAUCUUCCUCCCUGGGACGCUCAACAGCCUGUUCAACCACCUCCACCUCCCCACCCACCUGCGCCUUCCUACUUCCCCGCUCGACCCACAAGCUUCAGCAGCGUUCAGCUUGACGAAACCGAGGUUAGACCAGAGUGGGGAGGAGGUACCGGAUGAGAGCGAGGGGCAACAAGAGGUGGAGAUCCAGAGGUCGUUCGAAGAGCCGGAUUUCAGCCUUUUGAGUGGGAAACAGCCGCACGAGGUGGGGUGUGACGUGCCUAUCGUCUGGGAUCCUAGCGUGUCGAACGUUAGCGACUCCUCAUCAUCGUCAUCGACAUCAAUAUCAACACCAAACUCCAAUAAUGAUAACAACACCGGCGUCCUCGUCUUCCUAGGUGUCUUCUCAGCCGCCCAAUCAUCCGACAAAUCCCCCUCAGAAAUGCGUCGCCGGAGGGACUUAUACCGUCAAAUCUAUUUCCCCCAAUUCCCCAAGAACCUGGUCACGGCGAAAUUUAUCCUCGGCCUACCACCCGGUGGAGCGGGGAAGGACAAGUUUAGGAACCCCGCCGCGGCUGUUAGUAGGGCUAGGGUCUUGAGGGGGUUGGAGGAGGAACGGGAAGAGUUUGGGGAUAUGGUCAUCCUGGAUAUGGAGGACAACAUAGAUUCGGGGAAAACACACAAAUACUUUCAAUGGGUAGCUAAAGAGUACGCGGGCGAGGGGCAGGUCAAGGGAAGGCCUAGAUUCGUCGUCAAAUCGGAUGACGAUACCCUCCUCGUGAUGCCCAACCUCAUCUCGGCUUUCCGAAAACUAGACUGCUCAACCAACGUAUAUUGGGGUACCUCGGCCGGUCGAUCACAGUACUUUGGGGAUUAUUUCCGGGGGUUGGCUUAUGCCAUGAGUUGGCCGUUGAUCUCGUGGAUCGGGCAGGCGGACAUGCCCAUGGCACAUAUCACCAAGAUAGAAGAUGCCCGGACGGGUCAGUGGUUGCGCCAUCUAGAUCCUGCCGAGGACCCGAUCACGCGGAUAGAUUAUGGGUGGACGAUGGGAGAUUGGAACCAGUUGGACGUCGGAUUGGAGACGGUAGCGUUACACUGGUGUAAAUGGGACGACUGGGUGGUGGAGCAACAAGAAAAGAUCCAAAAGAUCUGGAAAGACGCCGGACGACCGUUCCGAUGGGAUCAAGGCAUCGAAUCUAGCGUCUCGGUCGCCAAGGGCAAAGUCACGCCCGAGGAGGCGAGACGGGAACACGAUCGGCAGAUCCAGGCUGGGUGGGACGUCGAAGGGAACCUCAAGGGGGAUGCUGGAGAUGGGUAA